AUGUCCUGCUCCGCCGACAUUUCCCACAUGCAGUUGCUUACAGAAAUGGAUGGAUUCGAUUCGGAUAUGAGAGUGGUGGUGGUUGCAGCCACCAACAGGCCAAAAUCGCUGGACCCUGCGCUAUGUCGCGCAUGGAGGUUCUCGAGGAAGGUGUUUGUAGGGGAACCUGAUGAAGAAGGGAGGAGAAAGAUAUUGGCCAUUCAUCUGAGAGGUGUGCCCCUGGAAGAAGACGUCGGUCGCAUUUGUGAUCUGGUUGCUCCUCUGACUCCAGGACUUGUAGGUGCUGAUCUUGCCAACAUUGUCAAUGAGGCUGUUUUACUUGCUGGCAGGAGAGGUGGUGAGACUGUGGUGAGGGAGGAUGUACUGGAAGCCAUUGAAAGAGCAAAGCUGCAGAUUCCCAAGCAAAAAACAAACGACAAAGCAGUUCAGGUAACUCAGGCAGAUAAUAGAGAAAUAGAGAACCCUUUGGAGACAGGAACUGCAAUUCAUCCAUCACUUAACUUACCAAGCCCGAAAACAGUUCGCGAUCAAUGAUGAGAAACUGAGGCCUAGUACAAUAAAGAAGGAGAUACAGAGUCUCCUGUGAGUGUGGGGAAGAAAUCUGAUGAUUUGCAAGGGACUUUAGGUUUACCAGAUAUUGAGCUUAGUAGUUUCCUUUUGCAGACUGAUUACAGUCAUCUCGGCAUUAUUAACAGUAAAAGUUGUAAG